GAAUGAGUUCUGAAAAGAGUGCAGUUCACAGACCCCCACUGCGUCCCCCACUCACUCACUGGAAUACCGCGUUACAAUUGGCAACAGUAGCUGCCGCAGCUCAUUAGACACUACAGAAACUCGUUUCAUUUGUUCGAAUUGAUGCAGUGAUGCCAACAAUGGGACUUUCGCAAUGUACAUAGCUAGACGCGCGUUUAGAUGAAAGACGUCGUUUCCCCCCUAACUUGCGGGGUUUACUCAGUGCAUGGGGCGGGUUUACUUUCUUUCACAAGCAGCAUAGUUAGUCUGUCGAUACCUCACAACGGAGAGUGUCGAGGAGAAGCCCUGGCAUACAGAAGCUCCUGAUAUAUUCACUACUCUUUGUCAGUGUUGCAUUUUGGCAUUAAUGCAGGACGAGCAAUCCGUGGAAAGUUUGUGAACAAUUAAAUUAUAGUUACAAUACUGUCAAAGCCACCCGGGCAGCCGAGAGAAUGGAUGCGACAAACCAAACAUUCGACCCACGGUGCAGACAACCGCCACCCUUUGCCAUCGACAUGAUUUUGCAAUUAGACCUUUAUGGAAAAAUCCUUUACGCUCUCCUCACGUUCAUGGCGACCGUGUCCAUGUUGGUGUUCCUUGAAGAGUGUGUGUACAUCUACAAGAAGGUUCCCGCCAACAAGAAGAGCAUCAUCAUCUGGGUCAACGGUGCCGCACCGAUAAUCGCUACCAUGUCCUGUGUGGGUAUGUGGAUACCAAAGGCGACCAUGUUUACCGACAUGACUUCUGCCACGUAUUUUGCCAUCGUGGUCUUCAAGUUCUUGGUGCUGAUGAUCGAGGAGUGUGGUGGAGACGAGGCCUUCCUGAAGCAGCAGGUUAAGAAGACCUUCAGGAUCAGCACAGGCCCCUGCUGCUGCUGCUGCCCUUGCCUUCCCCGGGUCCCUGUCACCAGGCGGAGUCUGUUCAUGCUGAAGUUGGGCUCCUUCCAGUUCGCCCUGCUGAAGAUGAUCUUCACGAUCAUCUCCAUCGUCCUGUGGACCAACGGCAACUAUGAUGUGGCAGAUCUGAACAUCACUGGGGCUGCCAUCUGGAUUAACCCUGGCGUGGGCGUGUUGACCAUCAUCGCUCUCUGGCCGGUGGCCAUCAUGUUUAUGCACGUACGCACCACCCUGCGGAGCCUCAAGAUCAUACCCAAAUACGCCAUGUACCAGCUGGUGCUGGUGUUGAGUCAGCUGCAGUCGGCCAUCAUCAACAUCCUGGCCAUGAACGGCACCAUCGCCUGCGCUCCCCCCUACUCCUCACAGGCACGCGGAUACCUGAUGAGCCAACAGCUGUUGAUCCUGGAAAUGUUCAUCAUCACCUUGGUAACGAGGUUGCUGUACCGGCGGCAGUACGACCCACUACCCCUCACCCAGGACGGGAGUGAGAGCGAGAGGAUGGUCUCGUCCUCGCCAGAGAAUUCUGACAAUGCGGCGUGAUGCUGACUGAUAUGCAGACGUGCGUGUGUGCGUGUGCGAGUGUGUGUGCGAGUAUGUGUGAUUGAUCUGAAAGAUAAACUUCUGUUCCUGUGUACGUGAGAGACCCCACAGACUUCCAAAAACUGGUGACGCAGACACUGGCAUUAUGGAUACCUGUCCCUCCUUAGGGGGGGAGGAGAGAGAGAGAGAGAGA